AUGAGGCUAUUCCAGGACGAUCACCUUAGAAGGGUGCCCAUACCAACAGCGUCCACCAACCCUGAGGGUAACCAGGAGUUUAAUUUCGGAAAAGAGAUCAGGCUAUUCGAAGACAAGGAAUUACAGCAGCUUUGGCACGCCGCACGCCAAGAGGACAGGUCCUAUCAAGAACUCACGAAACUGGUAGCAAAUGGAGAGAAAAGCUUGCCCAUCAAGCUACAGAAAGAGAAGGUUGUCAGCAUUUCAGAGUGCUCGCUGGAUAACAGAGGCCUACUAUGCUUUAGAAAACGUGUCUGGAUACCCGAUUCCGAGCCGUUGCGUACGAAGAUUAUCCAGGAAACGCACGACUCUCAUAUUACCGGGCACCCUGGAAGAGACCUUACGUACCCGAUCCUGUCAAGACGCUUUUUCUGGCCAGGAGCAGCUAGCGCAGCACGCCAGUUCGUGCGUAACUGUGAAGUUUGCGGACGAAAUACCAUCUGGAGGGACACUAAGAGAGGACUGUUAAAGCCACUACCUAUCCCGCAACGUAUAUGGAGCGAAAUCACUAUUGAUUUCAACACUGAUCUCCCAACGUCGGGAAGAGAUGGCGCGACGAACUGCAUGGUAGUCACAGACCGGCUUACCAAGGGCGUUGAACUCGAAGGAUUGGACGAUAUCUCUUCGGAGGCGGUUGCGAAAAGGCUCUUUGAACGACACUACCCCAUCCACGGUAUCCCAACAGCCAUAAUAAGCGACCGUGGUCCUCAGUUUGUCAGUGACAUGUGGAAGCACUUCUGCCAGCUGCUGCGGAUCGAGCAGCGGCUAUCGACGGCGUAUCACCCACAAACCGACGGCGCGACAGAACGAAUGAACCAGGAAGUAGAGAAGAUCCUUCGUAUAUGGACAAACUGCCUUCAAGAGAACUGGCUAGACCUGUUGCCGAUAGCCAUGGCCACUAUCAACGGAAGAGAGGCGACCUCCACAGGCCUCAGUCUGUUCUUCAUGCAUGGAUACCACAACGAACCGAUCCAGCUAGUGGGAGACAGGAGCGUAGAAGACACUAAAGAAGGAGAAGCUAUAGCAGAAGAAUUUAUCCAGAGGCUGCAGGAUGCCGGAGAAAUUGCGCAAGCGGCGAUAGCUAUGGCUCAGGAAAUGCAGCAAGCACAAGCCAACAAGCACAGGACAGCCGCACUGCGCUACAAGCCUGGAGAUUGGGUCUAUCUCAACCUGAAAAAAGUCAAGACAUCGCGGCCUUGUAAAAAGCUCGACUGGCUACAUGCAAAAUACCAAGUGCUCGUGGAGGUCAACCCACAUGCCUACAAGUUAGAAGUGCCCGGACGCAUACACCCGGUAUUCCACGUGGAUCUGCUUCGGCCAGUCCCCGAUGACCCCUUACCUUCACAGGAAAUGGAUCACGAACUCGCCCAGCCAAUACUGGUGGACGGCCAGGAGAUGUACCGUGUUGAAUGUAUACUUGACGAAAAGAAGGCACGUAUAAGAAGGCGCUCGAAAAAUGGGUAG